CACAGGCCAGAGAUGGCCAGACUGCAAUCCUCACUCCUGGCUGCCCUCAUCAUCCUUGCUGUGGUACUUCCAUCAACUGACGCAGGGCCCUACGGCGCCAAUGUGGAGGACAGCGUCUGCUGCCAGAACUACGCCCGUCAUGCCUUGCCCUCACGUGCGGUGAAACAUUUCUACUGGACCUCACCCUCCUGCCGAAGACCAGGCGUGGUCUUGCUGACCUUGAGGGACUGGGAGAUCUGUGCUGACCCCAGACAGGCCUGGGUGAAGAGGAUUAUGAAGAAGCUGCGCUAGUGAGGAAGGACCUGACCUGCAGCCUGUAGCCCUGGCUCCUCUAGGAGGGCUCAGGAUGCCCACCUCCCCGGCCAUCACAGCUGCUCCCCAACAGAAGCCUGUGCCAGUGACUCUCUGCACUCCCUGAUCACCAUCCGUGUCACCCUCAUUCCUACCUCCUUAGAAACUCCUCCAACCCAUCCUCUGCCCGCCAUAGUAGAGGGGCUACAGCCUGGUCAGUUACUGCCCACUCAAAAUUCUCCAUGGCUCCCAGUGCCCUCAGCUGAGGUCAGAGCUCCUAGACCUGGUACCUUGGCCCGUCUCUGACUCCAGCAUCACCCCCCCGCUUCCCUUCGUGAGUAUUGGACUCCAGCUCCCUGUUCUCCAAACCUGGGCUGGCAUCUCCAUUCUCGUGUCUGUGCCCGGGAUGCUGCCAGCACCAGAAUGACCUUCCCACUGCUGGGGUGUGUCUGGCCCACCAGCCCUUCUGGGCACUGCUUGGCCCAAGCAGCCAGCAACUGAGUUUCACUUUUUAGGCUUCCCCUGGACCUCUGAGCCCUCAUAAUGGCCCUAGUGAUCACCUGUCCAGAUUCUCAGCCCCACUGGUUGCAUGCAGGUUGACAUCGGAGUUACUCUGUUUUCCUGGCCUUCAGCAUGGAGCACAGGGCCUGGCUGUGGGCCAAUUUUUUUUUUUCAAGUGUAUUUACUUAUUUCUUCUGAGAGAGCCCUCCAACGAAGUCUUCAUGCCAUGAU